AUGAGGCGGGGGGUGAUACCGUAUCUCACCAAGAUUGCCCAUGGCUCGAGUCCAUUUAUAACGACGUUCCUUCUUAUCCAUCUUGCCCCGCCGGCCUUGGCAAAUCUCGGUGGCUCAUCACUUUCGUCGCAAACGAUGCUCCUCGGUAGAGAAUACUAUCAAACGAACUUUGGAGAGAAAUACCUCGUUUUCGCUCCGAUUGCCAUUCAUGCUCUUUCGGCUUUUAUGAAAAGAGUUCUUUCUGGACCGAAGAACCCUCCACGGCCGGCUUGGAGUGUGUUGACGAUUACGGGGUAUGCUACGAUGUGGUUGCUCCUGCCGGUGCAUUUCCUCGUGCACCGGCGUUUUCCGACGAGUUCGACGGCGCCGAUUCUCGAGGUGGGACCUUCGGAACUUGACUUUGAGUUUGUCAAGGUCGGGUUGCGGGCGUGGCCGUGGAGGAGUGCGUUGUUGUAUGGGGGGCUGGUGGUUUGUGUGGUGCUCCAUGUGGCGGAUGGGGUGGGGGUUAUGUGGAAUGUGUAUUUGGCGGGGGGGUCGUGGGGUCGUCGGAUGAAGCGGUCUGUGAGGAGGUACAGAAGGGCGGGCUUGGUGGUGGGUGUUGCGCUUCCGGUGCUUUCGGGCCUUGUUGUGUUGGUGAGGGAGCCGAUUUUUGCGUUUGCUUCGACUGUGAAACGGUUCGAAGCGGUGUUUUUGAUGUCGUGGGUUUACCGGCUGUGA